UUAUGAGCCUCUAACCUAACUCAAAAUGUGCAAAGAAGAAUAAUGGAAGCCCCUGAAUAUCUUGAUUUGGAUGAAAUUGACUUCACUGAUGACAUAUCGUACUCGGUCACGUCCCUCAAGACCAUCCCAGAACUGUGCCGAAGAUGUGACUCACAAAAUGAAGACCGAUCAGUUUCAAGCUCUAGCUGGACCUGUGGGGUCUCCACUCUCAUUACCAAGCCUACAGGCAUUGCUGAUGUCUACAGCAAGUUCCGGCCUGUGAAACGUGUCUCCCCUCUCAAGCACCAACCAGAGACCUUGGAGAGCAAUGAAAGUGAUGACCAGAAGAACCAGAAGGCAGAGUAUCAGAAAGGAGGGGGUUCAGAGUCUGCCCCCCAGCCUGAAGAGCUCAGCCCUGGAGAUGGAGAUGGCAGUCUCCAAAGUAAAAGUGCUGAGUCCAAUACAUUACUGGGGGAGCUGGAGCAUUAUGAUCUGGACAUGGAUGAGAUUCUGGACGUGCCUUAUAUUAAAUCUAGUCAGCAGCUCACCUCUCUUCCCAAGGGCACUUCAGAAAAACGAAUUUUGGGUCUAUGCUCCACCAUCAAUGGCCUUUCCAGCAAAGCCAGCUCCCCAGGAAGCACUGAGAGUUCGCCAUCCAGUAUGACACCCUUCUGUGUUCUUUCUCCCAUGGCAAGUCCUCACCAUAGAAAGGCCUCAGCCCUUGGUCGAGACCAGCAAAAACUCCCCAUUGAGGAACCCAAGGGCUCUAUACAGAAUCCUGAGAAUCAGAGUAGGGACUUCUUGAACAAGACCUUUAAUGAACUCCACAGUCAAAAAGGUGAAAGGGUGAUGCCAGACUGCCAGCUCAAGACCUUCCAGCUGUCAUCCUCAAUCACAGACCCCAAAUCUGAGGAGCAGGUGGUUGGCAUGAAGUGGGCCAGCUCCCAAAGCCCAGAAGAAAGGAACGAGUGUCUGAAAAAAGCAAAAAGCAUUUUGAACAUAGUUAAAGAAGGACAAAUCUCUCUCCUGCCACACCUCGCUGCUGACAACCUAGACAAAAUCCAUGAUGAGAACGGAAAUAAUCUAUUACAUGUUGCGGCAUCUCAAGGUCAUGCUGAGUGUCUGCAGCACCUCACUUCAUUGAUGGGAGAAGAUUGUCUCAAUGAGCGAAAUGCUGAGAAGCUGACUCCUGCAGGUCUGGCCAUAAAGAACAGUCAGUUGGAGUGUGUCCGCUGGAUGGUGAGUGAAACGGAAGCCAUUGCAGAACUGAGCUGCUCAAAGGAUUUCCCAAGCCUUAUUCAUUAUGCUGGUUGCUUCGGCCAGGAAAAGAUUCUUCUGUGGCUUCUUCAAUUUAUGCAAGAACAGGGAAUUUCGUUGGAUGAAGUGGACCAAGAUGGCAAUAGUGCAGUUCAUGUGGCCUCUCAGCACGGUUACUUGGGGUGCAUACAGACCUUGGUCGAAUAUGGAGCAAAUGUGACCAUGCAGAACCAGGCAGGAGAAAAGCCUUCUCAGAGUGCUGAACGCCAUGGACACACGUUGUGCUCUCGGUACCUGGUGGUGGUGGAGACCUGCAUGUCGCUGGCCUCCCAGGUGGUAAAACUGACCAAGCAGCUGAAGGAACAGACAGUGGAACUCACGCUGCAGAACCAGCUCCAACAACUUCUUGAAGCCCAGAAAUCAGAGGGCAAGUCCUUUCUUUCUUCUCCCAGUUCACCAUCCUCUCCAGCGUCCAGAAAGUGCCCAUUGAAAUCCCCGGAUACAGAGGAGGAGUCCCUAGCCAAAAAUAAAUCAGGAAUCCAAGAGGGCAUUCAGAUGCUUGGAAGCCUGGCAGUAUCUGGCCGGAUGAGGAUCAAAGUCAAGGAUGAGGAUUCAGAUAAAAUUUUACGACAGUUACUAGGGAAAGACAUUGUUGAGACUGUGUGCACCCAGGAAAAGUUGUCCUUGGAAUUCCAAGACUCUCAGACCUCCUCUCGAAGUGUCAAAAAAAUACCCCCUGAGAAGAGGGAGCUGAAGUUAGCCAGGCUGAGGCAGCUGAUGCAAAGGUCCCUGAGUGAGUCUGACACAGACACCCACCUUUCAGAGGAGGCCAAGGGCACACCAGUGCGCAGGGCAGACAGGCCCCGGCCGCAGCCCAUCGUGGAGAGUGGCGAAAGUGUGGAGAACACAGAAAGCCUGCACUUGAUGAUAAAGAAACACACCUUGACCUCUGCACGUAGAUUCCCUUUUGGGAUCAAGGCCUCCAAAUCCCUAGAUGGCCACAGUCCCUCUCCCACCUCAGAGAGCAGCGAGCCGGACUCUGAAUUUCAGGUCCCAGGCUUGGGACAUCUACCCUCCAGUCAAUCCUCUGGAGAGCCUGCUCAGCCCAUCUCAGACAGCUCGAACACCCAGAAAGCUGCCACCAGUCCCAAGAGUGCCCUCAAGUCUCCAUCUUCCAAGAGGCGAACAUCUCAGAAUUUGAAACUCAGGGUGACCUUUGAGGAGCCUGUGGUGCAGAUGGAACAAAGCAACCUGGAACUCAAUGGGGAAAAGGAAAGAGAAAAGAACAGGACCCCCCCACGGGCCACCACAGGGAACGAGACAGGAUGAUCAGCUGAAAAGGCCAUUUGGAACCUUCCGUCCAUCAUGGAGACGCUAAGUGGCAACCAGAAAAACAACAACUAUCAGGCAGCCAGCCAGCUCAAGACCUGCACCCUGCCUCUAACCUCCCUGGGAAGAAAGGUUGCCACAGACCCCAAGGGGCAGCCUCUGAGCUCAGCUAGCAAAGGAAAGAGUAAGGCGGCGAUGUACAGCAGCUGCCUCAACUCCCUCUAACCCGCUGACUGAAGAACUUCUGCAUAAUUACACACGGCAUAAUGACAUCAAUAGAAAAAUGAAGAAAUCCUACAGCAUAAAGCACAUUGCUGAGCCAGAGUCAAAAGAACUCUUCCUGUAAAUCACUUUUUAUUAUCUCCCAUCACUGCCCUUGGGACACCCUUGGAAACUUCCUGACCAUCCUCUGUGGAAAUAAACCAUGACAACGAAGCCUCACCAGCAGAACAACAAAGUAUAAGGAUGCCUUAAAUUUAUAGUAGCAGACUAUAUAAUACACAUUUUGGGGUGCUAUUUGUAUAUAAUAACUUGUUUUUAAAGAGAUGCUGUUUAAAAGCAUGAAUUGGCUUAUGUUUUUAAUAUGUCUUUCAUAUGUUUUUAAGAAUGAAUUCAUUCAUAGGUCCUAAACCAGCCUCUGAUGCUAUUUUGAAUGUCAACCUUUGCAUGAAUGUUCACUAGUAUUGGCAGAUCUUCCCUCUCCCCAUAAUAUGGGCAAUUUGGGCUCAGCAUCUCAGUGAGACCAGGUCAGUGGUAUUGUUUUCUGUCAAGAGUGAUUUUUUCUGUCAUUUCUACUUUUUUGUAUAAAGGAAAUAAAACAAUGCUAACAGCCAA